GUUUUAUAUUCCCUGCAGCCCUCCGAAAGCAUCAUGGCAAAUUAGCUCCAGCACUGCCCUCAACAGGGAAGUGAACCAGCCUCUCCGAGCAGGUGUCAACAGGAGGAAAUACUACCGCACACACAGUGGAGCCGAGAGGAAGGAGAACCGCUACACUUUGUUUAAAUGCGGUGUAGGCUGUUCCCCCUCUAAACCCCCCAUCCUUUUUUUAAAUAUUCUCAGUUUUUGCUUAUAGCGGGGGUCCAACUUUUUAAUGUUUUCCAACAUGGUAUCCAAGCUGACAUCCCUUCAGCAGGAGCUUCUCAGCGCCUUACUGGACUCUGGAGUUACCAAAGACCUUCUGAUCCAGGCUCUGGACGACAUGCACCCCAGUCCGGCCCCCGGGUCCUACGGAGUUAAACUGGAGAAUCCUUUGCACAUGAGCUCUCCUCCGAGCUCCAAGAUGAACGGCAGCGACUCGGACUCCAAGCCCGUGUUCCACACGCUUACCAACGGGCACAGUAAGGGCAAGCUGUCCGGGGACGAGGGCUCCGAGGACGGGGACGACUUCGACACCCCUCCGAUCCUGAAGGAGCUGCAGUCGCUGAACACCGAGGAGGCGGCGGAGCAGAGGGCGGAGGUUGACCGUAUGUUGGCCGAGGACCCGUGGCGCGCGGCCCGCAUGAUCAAAGGUUACAUGCAGCAGCACAACAUUCCGCAGCGCGAGGUAGUGGACGUCACGGGGCUCAACCAGUCGCAUCUCUCCCAGCACCUCAACAAGGGCACGCCCAUGAAGACGCAGAAGCGAGCAGCGCUGUACACCUGGUAUGUCAGGAAACAGCGGGAAAUUCUCAGACAGUUCAACCAGGCGGUACAGUGCUCCGGCAGCAACAUGUCAGACAAAGGGAACCAGGACCCCGUGUUCUUCUUCCCCGAGUUCAACCCGUCUGGCCCGGGCUUGGGCCAAUCGGGGGAGGACUUGGGCAGCGAGCCGUCCUGCAAGAAGAUGAGACGCAACCGCUUCAAGUGGGGGCCGGCGUCCCAACAGAUCCUCUACCAGGCCUACGAGAGGCAGAAGAACCCCAGCAAGGAGGAGAGGGAGGCCCUGGUGGAGGAGUGUAACAGGGCUGAGUGUCUACAGAGGGGCGUGUCCCCGUCGAAGGCCCACGGCCUGGGCUCCAAUCUGGUCACGGAGGUGCGCGUGUACAACUGGUUCGCCAACCGUCGCAAGGAGGAGGCCUUCAGGCAGAAGCUGGCCAUGGACGCCUACCACACGCCCACACACAGCCUCACCACCAUGCUGUCCCACGCCUCGCCACACCACCCCCAGAACAGCGCGUCCCCUCCAAUGCGCUACAGCCAGGGUCCCGGUGAGGUCAGUUCCUCCACCACCAUCAGCCACCACAACAGCAACAUGUCCACCAGCCACUCUGUGCUGCAGCAGGUGUCUCCGGGCGGGCUGGACCCCAACCACAGCCUGCUGUCCCCCGACUCCAAGAUGAUCUCAGGAUCAGGCGGAGGACUUCCACCCGUGAGCACGCUAACCAACAUCCACAACUCACAUCACACACACCAACACAACCUCAUCAUGCCUCUGUCUGGUAGUGUCAUGGCCAUCGCACAGAGUCUAAACACGUCCCAGUCCCAAUCGGUACCGGUGAUCAACAGCGUGGCGGGCAGCCUGGCAGCGCUGCAGCCCGGCUCCCAGUUCUCCCAGCACCUCCACAGCAGUCACCAGCAGAGUCUGAUGCAGCACUCUCCCAGCCACAUGGGCCAACAGCCCUUCAUGGCCACCGUCACACACUCACACAUGUACCCCCAUAAGCAGGAGCCCCCCCAGUACUCCCACCCCUCACGUUUCCCCUCAGCCAUGGUGGUCACAGACGGCAACAGCCUCAGCACACUCAGCUCUAUGGCGUCCGGCAAACAGGAUGCUUCAGGAAACAAGAUGGUGCAGAUCGGAGGGCUGUCCUGGUGUCCGCUCCAGGCCUGGUGACGGUGUGCACCUGACUUCAUUGGCGCCGGGCAACCGGAGCAAAUUUUUCCGUCCUCUCCCUGCGGUUACCGUGACAACCCUUAAUAACGGGCCAACCGUAUUCUGGACUGGUGACUCGGUCAACAACAGGAGGAGUAGCGGUUAGAGGUCAGGGGAUGAAGCGAAAGAAGAAGAAGAAGAAGAAGUCUCCCACAACAACAGACUCACUCCAGAUGGUCAUGGACAUGCAUGUCUCUCAGUGAGAAGGCUGGCUUCCCUCCUUCGUCAAGCAAAAAGAACCGAAAAGAACGAUCAACAACAAUGCACAAGAUUAUUUUUUAAACUACAAUCUUUGCAAAAGACAGUAUUCCUGUCCUAUGUCCACCCCCUCCCCUCUUCAGAGAUAAGGGGAGUCAGUCCCGUCACGAAGGAACAAAAGACAAUCAGGGAAAGCCUGCUGAAUGAAACCUGUGAACUAUGUGGUGCAGGGCUGAAACGGAGGCUCCACACAGCCAUGUUACACUGUGAUUUGAUGUGUAAUCAUGCAGUUAAGACAUCAUCCGUCAGGAGUAAAGUCCGGUUCCCUCCCCAGGGCUUUUGAAGACACAAGGCGGUCUCCUUCAAGGAGACUUGCUAUCCUGCUGAAGUCCUGGGAACUGUGCCAGUCAGUGUGCUUCUCUGGCCCUGUAUAUGCGUCACCGGCUUCAAACACCUGCAGAACAGUGCGACAAUCAUAAUGACCGACAGCCGGGACACCUGUAGUGAUUCUUUUUUUAAUGCUAUUUCAUAUUAUUAUUCAUGCAGAGUCUUCCAUGUUUAUAUUUUCACUUUUCGAUUUGCCAUGCUAAUUUCAGUGCAGGUAAUACGAGCAUUUUAUAGUCUAAAGGAUUUCAUUGUUGUGAGUUGAUGGCUGUGAGUGUGUGUGUGUGUGUGUGUGUGUGUGUGUGUGUGUGUGUGUGUGUGUGUGUGUGUGUGUGUGUGUGUGUGUGUGUGUGUGUGUGUGUGUGUGUGUGUGUGUGUGUAUAAUACUGUGAUUGAAAGAUUCAGACAAUCUUGAAAACUUUGAAGGACUAUGCAAUGUUUAUGUAAAGUUUGAGACGUUUCUUGUUCAACUGGAUGGCAAACGGUCCCCCACAAACUUGAGACUUGAUAUGCACUAUCGGUAAAAUGACCAGCAGCUAUUUCAGUUGGUGAUGAUGAAGCUGCCCUCAAAAACAGAACUCUGACUACCCACCCUCUGCUAGCGGUCCAUAGAUGACAUUAUUGAGACUUUAUUUUUUUAAAGAAAAUUCCCAACCAUUUGAUCACUUAGCUCCACUGAAAACACCAAAAAAUCAUGGCCUGACAUUUUCACAAGAUAAGAUGAUUCUUAUCUUUUAUGAAUCAGAGUCACAUUUUUAUGUGCUCCCUUUUGACACUACUCACAGUCUCAUAUCUUGGCGUGGCCCUCUCUCUCUCUGUCUCUGUCUCUCUCUCUCUGUCUCUCUCUCUCUCUCUCUCUCUCUCUCUCUCUCUCUCGUGCUCUCUCUCUCACUCUCUCUCUCUCUCUCUCUCUCUCUCUCUCUCUCUCUCUCUCUCUCUCUCUCUCUCUCUCUCUCUCUCUCUCUCUCUCUCUCUCUCUCUCUCCACUGUUUGCAUUUGGGUUGAGGUGAAUUUCAGGAAUGGGACUCACCCUCCCUUCCCGCUCCCACUUCAUCCAGCCCAAAGCGAAGACAUACCGAACAGCGCAACUGUAGUUCAUACUUGUCAUGCUAAUGAAUCAGCGUACGACCACCCAGGGUGGAGCGCAACACUGACAAGGAUUCAGAAACGCAGCAGUGAUUACUUUCAUUUCUUUUCCCUCCAGUAGUUAGUGAAGCACAGCUUAAAGCUGCUCAGUCGUCUUUAAGUGAUUCUGUGAAACCCAACAUUCAAACAAGCAGUAUUAGACACGUAUAAUUCGAUUAGGAGUUUGGACACACACACACUCAUAAACAACACAAAACAAGAUGUCAUGCUAACUCAUCACACUUCACUGUCAGAGGAAGUUUGUAGAUUCGAAGCGCUACGAGUCCAAUGGCCCUGGAGGAGUAGGCAAACCCAAAGCAUAUCGUAUGGAUCCCGUCCACUGUUCAAUAUUAGGUCAUGACAUUUCUUUGGAGAAUGUCGGUUGGUUUGGGACUGUUAUAGAGACUUUUACUGCCAUGCAAUCACAAGGCACUCACCCUUUUGUGUUUUGAGAAGACGGUGUUGAUUUUUUUUCUUUCACUCUUAAUGUAUUAUUUUUGUAUAAAAUCGCAAUCAAUCUUAAAAUCAUUAUUUAUACUUUCUGAGAAAAUGCUGAUAUUUCAAGUAAAAUGUAUUUUUUCUCCAAAAGGAAAGAACUGCUUCAAGAAUUAUUUCCUUUUAGUGUGAUUUUUUAGAACCAUGUAACAAAGCUUGCUUUAAUUGUUUAUUUGUUUAUUUUUGGUAUCGUGAAAUACGUCACACUUUGCUUUAAAAGUAUGCCUGUUCAAUGUUUCUCAUAGAAUUGGCUGAAUAUAAGUUAUAACAUGGUGCCACC